AUGAUCUGCAGUAGAGGGUAUCCAAGGUUCGGAAGAAACAAAAAUGUAGGCUUUGUAAGGUUGAAGGACACAACAAAAGGGCUUGUCCUGCAGGUGAAUGAGGGUGGUGUUGAAGGAGGUCAUAAUGAUGGUGGUGAAGGAGGUUAUAAGAAUAGUUGUGAAGGAGGUCAUAAUGAUAAACAAUAUGAUGAUGAGGUAGAACUCACACUUAUAGAUUUUGAUGCUUCUAGUAAUGGAGAUGUAGUUAAUGGUAUUGAUGAUGCAACCAAUGGUGUUGAUGCUUACAAUGUUAAUAUUAAUGAGGUGCGAGUGCAAAAUGAAGUGAUGGAAGGACUAAUUCAAUCCCUUUUGAAUAAAAUCUGA